CCACCUUCCUCCUGGGACGUUAGCUGUCCUCCAACGUCUUAAUUCAGCUUCCUGAUUCUCUUUCCACGUGCCUCGAUCCAGCGUCCUCUUAAUUCGAGAAGUAGUCAACAUGUCUUCUUCCGAGGAAAUUAAGCAGGCUCAGGCUCGCAGCCGAGUCUUCUUCGACGUCACCAUUGGCGGCAAGCCAGCUGGUCGCAUCACCUUCGAGCUGUUCAACGAUGUCGUGCCGAAGACCGCGGAGAACUUCCGUGCUUUGUGCACCGGUGAGAAGGGGGUGGGCAAGACGGGCAAGCCACUUCAUUACAAGGGUUCCAUAUUCCACCGGGUCAUCAAGCAGUUCAUGAUCCAAGGCGGCGACUUCACUGCCGGCAACGGCACUGGCGGCGAGUCAAUCUACGGCACCAAAUUUGAAGACGAGAACUUCGAAAUGAAGCACGACCGUCCCUUUUUGCUGUCCAUGGCCAACGCUGGUCCCGGUACCAACGGCUCUCAGUUCUUCGUCACGACUGUCGAGACGCCACAUUUAAAUGACAAGCACGUUGUGUUUGGUCAAGUGCUCAGCGGCAAGUCUGUCGUGCGCCAAAUCGAGAAUCUGACGACUCAAAACGACAAGCCAACACGGGAUGUAAUUAUUGCAGACUGUGGCGAGCUUCCGGACUCCGACGCCAUUGCAGCCGAGUCCAGGGUUCCCGAUGCAUUUGGCGAUAACUACGAGGACUUCCCUGAAGACCAGAAUACUGACGGCAAGCCCCCAGUGGCAGACAAAAUUCUCGAAAUUGCCAGUGGCUGCAAGGAAUUUGGCAACAAGGCGUUCAAGAGCGGUGAUUUUAGCGUGGCACUUGACAAAUACCAAAAGGGACUACGAUAUCUCAACGAGGACCCAGAACUCGACAAUGAACCGUCGGGCACCAAGGAGAAACUGGAUGCUCUGCGCGUCACUCUCAAUAGCAAUGCAGCGCUUAUGAAUCUUAAGUUGGGGGCAUGGGAUGAGUGCGUGCGCGCUGCCGACAAUGCACUUGCCGUCCCGGGCAUUUCGGACAAGGACAAGGCAAAGGCGCUGUACCGGAGGGGUUAUGCACAAGUGCGCAUGAAGGAUGAGGAUGCCGCUCUUAAGAGUCUCGAGGAGGCGAAAAAGCUAUCACCAGAAGAUGCCGCCAUUACCAACGAGCUAGCCAUUGUCAAAAAGGCGGCAAGUGCGAGAAUCGCCAAGGAGAAGGCCGCCUACAAGAAAUUCUUCACUUGACCUGUGGCAGGCUGAAAACUACUUUGAUGUGCCUUGUCUCUCAGGUGCUCAUCAGGA